UCGGAGAAAGAAGCACACAUUAGCUCUCUAUUCGUGUCGAGCCGAAUUUUAGAGGCCGUCGCAUUACAAUAUUAUUGCUAGCAUUAAACCAGUGUAGCUCAGACAGCGAAGAAAGUGAACCGCACAUUUUUGUGAUUGUGGUGUUGGAGAAGAACACUCGUGAAUAUUAUCAAUAGUGAAUCGUGAUAUCGCUCGCUUUCGAGUGAAGAUAAAACCAAAGUGAACGCACAAUGCAAGGAUUCCGGAACUACAGCAUGGAGGCGUUGCAGCACCGUGACCAGCCAAUCUCUGUGGAUUUACUCAACGUACACCAGUACAGUUCCAAAGCAUCGCCGCCGCUUUCACCACUAAGUGACUGUACCAGUCCACAUUCGGACAGUAACCAGCAGCAGGCACCGAUGGACCCAUCUGUCCGUCGGUACAGAACGGCCUUCACCCGGGAUCAACUUGCCCGUCUCGAGAAGGAAUUCUACAAAGAAAACUACGUUUCCCGACCUCGACGAUGCGAACUUGCCGCCCAGCUGAACCUCCCGGAGUCAACAAUUAAGGUUUGGUUCCAAAACCGUCGCAUGAAGGACAAACGCCAGCGCAUUGCCGUCGCUUGGCCGUACGCUGCCGUGUACUCGGACCCCGCGUUCGCCGCAUCGAUCUUACAGGCCGCUGCCAACUCGGUUGGAAUGCCCUACGGCUACCCACCCGCGCCGAUGCUGCCCCAGAUGGCCCCAGUAAUGGCACCACAACUUCCGCCCACCGCAUCUAAUCACUUUUCGUACGGAUACCGCUACGCACCAUACCCAAUUCCGCAAAGGACCGCUCCCCUUCAAACCCCACAAUACCCAGCUGCCGCCGCUGCCAUGCUCAGUUCCAUGCCGCAGGGUUACACACCCCUCUCGAUCCCGAAGCCGCACACACCACCCCACGAUCUCCAGAGCCCGUCGUCACCGCACUCGGCACUGUCCCUCAGCCCUGGCUCGGACAAGUCGAAACUGGACCUCUCCUCGUCAACCACCUCCAAUGGAGCAAGCAGCCCUCUGAAAUCGCUCAAUGGAUCUGCUCAGGGAUUGCUAAUGACUGCUCCAACAAUCCCCAGCCAAACCAUCCUGACCCCGUCGCCCGAAAAACCAAAACUUUUCAAGCCAUACAAAUCCGAAGUGUAAUCGAGGCUUUCAAUAUAAAUAGCUCUUUGUUCCCUCAGUUAUAGCAAAUAAUUCCACAUUAUUUGACUUGCGCAGUACCUUGUUAGGUCUUUCAAAAAAAAAAAUGGCGGAUAGAAGAAUUUUGUUUAUUGUGUUAGAUUUUUAAACAAAGCAAAUCAAAUCUAAGCUUCUACCUGAGGAAUGGCGAAUGUUUUAAAAAUGCGACAAAUGUAUUUGUAUCAAAUGCAUUCUAGUGAUCCAAAUGUUUUAGAUAAAUUAUUGAACCGGAAACGGUUUUAGUCAAAUUAUUAUUUCGGUUAUAUAGGUUAAGGAUUGUCAGUAUAGGUUUUAUUUUGUACAUAAAGUGAAUAGAAUAUGAAAUUG